GCAGUGGCUCGCAGUUAACCAAUUCCACAAGUUCCAGUUCAAACACCAGUUUACUUGUCCCAAUGCCUAUCAAUCCUCCAAGCUCUCCUAGUCCUAGUUUCAGUGAAUCAAAAACAGCUCAGAGCCUUCUCAAUGGGCCAUUGAAUUAUACUCAGCCAGAGAUUAAGGCUCCUGAGCCUCUCAGUUCCUUAAAGUCUAUGGCUGAAAGGGCAGCUCUUGGAUCAGGGCUUGAAGACCAGAUAACAUCACUGCACAUCACAGACAGAGAUCUCUUUCCCAGUUCUACAUCUGCGCCCGGGGGCCCUACAGUGCCUACUCAGACACAGCUCUCUGAGGUUAAUAUACCCCCUUCUUUGGGUGUCUGUCCUCUGGGGCCCGUCCCUCUGUCUAAAGAGCAGCUAUAUCAACAGGCAAUGCAGGAAGCUGCCUGGACGCACAUGCCACAUCCCUCUGAUUCUGAAAGAAUACGGCAGUACUUGAUGCGGAAUCCUUGUCCGACUCCUCCGUACCACCACCAGGUGCCCCCGCCUCAUUCAGACUCGGUUGAGUUUUACCAGAGACUCUCAACAGAAACGCUCUUUUUCAUCUUCUACUAUUUGGAAGGUACGAAAGCUCAGUAUCUUGCUGCAAAGGCUUUGAAGAAACAGUCAUGGCGUUUCCACACAAAGUAUAUGAUGUGGUUCCAAAGACACGAGGAGCCCAAAACCAUCACAGAUGAGUUUGAGCAGGGAACGUAUAUCUACUUUGACUAUGAGAAGUGGGGCCAGCGGAAAAAGGAAGGAUUCACAUUUGAGUAUCGUUACCUGGAGGACCGGGACUUGCAGUGACUGAGCCGAAAGGGGUCCAGGAUACCCAGACAAAAAGUGCACAGCUGACCUGCCCAGAACUGAUCCGAAAUACAACUACACACCAGCCUCCGUCUGCGUUGCCCAUCCUCUGCUACCUAUCUUGUGGAUAGGGGGGAAGAUGUCAAGGCUGGCAGACAAUUGAGUUGUGAGAUGCGGCACGCAUCUAGUGGAAUGGCAAGUGGACUAGAACUUUGGCUUUUUUUUAUUUUAUUUUUUUUAUUCUAUUUUGGAAAAAAAUAUAGCCCUCAUUCUGGUGGGAGGGCUAAUUUAAGUAAAUAAAUGAAAACAACAAACUGGCUGUAUCAUAAUUAAAGAGAAGUUAAUUUUCACAAA